CUAGAAGCUUUGCGAAUCCGCUGCGCUGAGGAGACAGUACGUUCGGAGCGUCUCGAGGCGGAACGCGAAGCCGUUGAAGUAAAGCUACAGUUGCUGACGAAAGAGUACGAUUUGGUUUCACAACAGGUCGGAAGCACGCAGGAGCGUGUCCAGGGUCUGCAAAUGUGA